AUGUCGAAGCUCGCGAGCGCGAGUGCGCGAGUGAAGCAGGUGCUGACAGAUCCCAAGGUGCAGGCGACGAAAGUCAAGGCGCACAAGGUGAAUGUGAGCGUACUUAAAGAGAUCGCCAUGGGUUUGUCGCUCGGCGUCGUUGGCGGUCUGGUGUGGAAGACGCACCACUGGAACCUGCGACGACAGACGGAAGAGCUGUACGCAGGUCUUGAGACAGGCGAUUUGCCGCAGGCGAACUGGCCUCGGGCAGCUCAAAUCUCCGAACAGCCCAGAAAUUCCACGCGCUCCCUCGUCGCCCUUCCCCGCGCAUCCUCAGCGGAAAUUGUCCGUUCGCCUUCCAAUCCCCUCGCGCCAAGGACCCAAGGCCCCGUGCCCCUCAUUCUGACCGCGCCGCCGCCUCCCCCCAACCCCUUCCGCACAGCCCUGCAAGUGUUGCGCCCGCGCACCCUCCCGCCCGACCUCUCACUGCCCUAUUUCCCCCGCCCCACACACCCUGGUGGCGCAGUCAGCCGAGCCAAGCCCAAGGCGGAUUGCCACGGGGAUCAUCACUCGGUUAAGCACCACAAGAAGCACCAUCGAGGAGCGGAAAACGCGGCGGCUCCGGCGCAUGCGGUGGACGUGCGGGUGGAGUGUGAGGAGAGCGCCGCGGAAACCACGCCGCUGCUUACGGCGAGCCGGACGCAGCAGCUGGAGCAGAAGCUCGUUGAGGGCGAGAGGGUCCGCGCUGUCUGGGGCAUCGUCACAGUGGGCAUUCUCGUGGGGCCGGCGUGCGCGUGCGCGCUCUUCGCGCUGCUCUUCCCCGCCCUGCUCCCGACCUGCCUCGCCCUCUGGGCUAUCGUCGAGGUUAUCUUCGUGGCGAUUCGCUAUCAGCAGCUGUGCCACGCCAGCGACCACCGCCCGGAGCUCACGCUGCCCUCGCUGGAGAGCGUCUCGGAGCUGCUCGGCCGCAUUCUCAAGCUCAAAGGCAUCGUGGACGCGCGUUACUUCUUUGAGGGCUGGUUCCACAACACGCCGCUGGAGCGCCUCACACGCGAGCACAUCAAGCAGUUCAUCUCUUUCGGCUUCUUCUAUCGCUCGUUCGAGCAGCUCUCGCCCGAGUAUCAGGAGGCUGUGGAAGCGCACAUGCACUCGAUCGCGCAGGUGUGGGACCUCCCAAUGCUCCGCCGCCCUUCCGCCUCCGACCUUCCCCCUUCCGCGGACCUGCAGCAGGCGGAACCCUCCGCGGAAGCAGCAGGCGCGGGCGCAGUAGGCGCAGGUGAAUCCGCGGGUGCAGCAGCAGCAGGCGGAGCAGCUGGGGAAGCAGAAGGAGCGGGAGCAGCAGGAGCAGGAGGAGCCGAAACAGACCCGGAAUCCGGGGCGGUAUCCUGGGCGGCGGCAGCAGCAGCGGGAGCGGCAGUGACAGCAGCAACGACAGUCGCAGCAGCAGCAGCAGCGGGGGAAACAGCCGCGGUCGAGGUGAUGGGGGAAAUGGCGGAAGCAGUGGUGGGCGGAGAGGGGAAGGGCGGAGGGGAGGGGGAAGCUGAGAGUGGGGGGAAGUGGCGGAACGGGGAGGAGGGGAUCGGGUUCAUGGCGCACACGCAGGAGCCGCUGAGGGCGGUGGUGCAUCCGCUGUUCGUCUACGCUUGGGGGCACAUGGUGGCGUGGCUGACCUGGUUCUGCCUCGCCCUCCUGGGGUUCCGCAGGCACGUCUCCCCAUCAGGCCUGCACUAUUUUCACCGGCCGGGGUGGAAGGAGCAGAAGGGGAGCAAGGCGCACAAGGCAGAGGCGGAGGCGGAGAGCGGUGCAGAGGGUUACGACGCAGUGGUGUUCAUCCACGGGCUGGGCAUCGGCCUCACGCCCUACCUCGCCUUCAUCCACAUGCUACUGGCUGCGUUUGGCUCCAAGCCCUUCAUUGUGGUCGAGCUACCCCACCUCGCCUGCCAACUCACCUCUGCUUCGCCCACCAUCGAGGAAGUGGCCUCUGCUCUGGUUGAGACGCUGUGCAAGCACGGGUACAAGCGUGUGGCGUAUGUUGGCCACUCGUACAGCACUUUCAUUGCUGCCACUCUCCUGCGUCGGCAUCGCUCCAUGAUAGCAGCAAUGAGCAUCAUCGACCCAGUCUGCCUGCUGCUCUGCCUGCCCAAAGUGCUGCACACGUUUGUCUACAGCCUGCCAGGCGGAGACCACCUAGCAGCGUGGAUAGGCGAGGCAGUGCGCUGGGUGCUGUGCUCGCGGGAGCUGCAGGUGGCUCGCAGCAUCUGCCGCGGCUUCUCCUGGCAGGAGUACCUGGUGUGGGGUGAUGAGCUGCCGCCCGCCUCUCUGGUGAUGCUGGCGGGGGAUGACCAGUUGGUGCCGUCGCCGCAGGUGCAGAGCCACUUGGCUCGCCACAAUGUGAAUGUGAUUUACAACGACGGGUUUCAGCAUGCGGAGUACCUCACAAGGCCCGAUGUACAGCACAAAUUCGUUAUGGCGUUUGCAGCUACAUGCGCCAAGAAACUUACUUUCUCAUGCGUAGACGAUUUGUCAGGUGCUGUGCCAGCGAAUAUGGCGACCUCACGGAGACUGAAAUCCCAUAUGCAACUGAAACCGUCGAUCCGUUAUGUGCUCAAUUCGACAUUCGUAUUCGCCAUCAUCGCAGCAUGGCUUCUCGAGUCGACUCAAGCGGUUUCUCGAAACCCCUUUCUCACACUGUCGGCGGGAUCCGACGCCGAAUUCGGCAAUCGACGGGCCGUAGACGCCAAGCCGCCGGCGGUGCACGAUCAGCCAUUGAUCGGCAUUCUGUCGCAGCCGGGAGACGGCGAUGGGGGACGAGCGCCUCGAAUUAACGCCAAGGAAGAUUUCAGCGUGUCGUACAUCGCUGCGUCGUACGUGAAGUGGGUGGAGAGCGCGGGAGCGAGGCCGGUGCCGAUCCUGUACGAUGAUCCCGAUUGGUUGAUCGAGAAGAAAUUCAGGGCCAUCAACGGGCUGAUACUCCCUGGCGGGGGCACGGACCUGGUUCCAGGGCCGUUCUUCUCUGCAGUAGAGAAAAUACUCAAAAUGGCCCUGGCAGCCAAUGAUGCGGGCGACUACUUCCCCGUGCAGGGCACGUGCAUGGGCAUGGAGACGCUCACAAUAUUCUUCAGCCAGGAUUUUGAUAUUCUCGAGACCAAGGCGUUCAACGCAGAGGACAGCCCAGAGGCGCUCAGAUUCACGAGUGAAGACGCCAAGAAGCGAGCUUAUUUCAGCUGGAUGACUCCGGAUCUGCUGGAUCGCAUUCAAAGAGAGAAGAUCACCAUGGAGAAUCACGAGGAUGGCACUACAGUGAGCCGAUUUCUCUCCAGCAAGCGUCUGAGGGAGUUCUUCCGCAUUCUCACCACCUCGGUCGACAGAAAUGGCACUGAAUACGUGACAACCAUAGAGGCACGGAACUACCCUAUUUACGGCACUCAGUGGCAUCCAGAGAAAACAGCAUUUGAAUGGGGGCUACCGCACAUUCCCCACUCGGCACAUGCAGUGGCGGCUUGCCAGGCCACCGCUAACUUCUUUGUUAAUGAGGCCCGUCGCUCCACGCAUCGACCCACAUCAGACGAGGAGAUGGAUGAGAUGCUCAUUUACAACUACGCUCCCAUUUUCUCCGGCAAGAAUGGGAGAGGUUUUUUUGAGCAGUCCGCCGAAUGCCGUUCACCCACCGCUGAUGGUGGCGGAAGCGUCUCUGCUACCGAGCUGCCUCGGCCGCAUGGCGCGGAGCAACAAGGGGAGAGCACGACCGGCGCCGCCUUGCGCGGCCGCGUGCUGCAUGACACGGAGAUGCCGUCGCUUGCCGCGGCGGUAGCGGCGGCGGCGGAAGGGAAGAACGCUUCCGCGCUCGACCUACUUUUGCGCCGACAAUUGAAGGCUCGCAAGGAGGACCCCGUUUUAAGCAUGCUCGCCGACGCGUGGCACAACAUGCUAAUCGCGCAGUACUGGGCGAAAAAAACGGCGUGCGGCUCGAAGCUGACUGCCGCGUGCAAGGCGCUUCAGAACGCAGAGUCGUACCUCAAGGCGGGGAAGGGCCCCCAGGCGACCGCGCAAAUGAAUAAUGCAAAAGCCACGGCCAGUGGUUGCGCAAACAGCGUCCCCGCCCAGUCGGCGAAGUAUAUCCGCCUCGCGAAAGACCAGAUCGGGCAAACGCAAAUUCUCAUGGCGAAAAAGAAUCCUCAAAUCAAGCGGGUCAAGAAGCGCAACCCCCAAGUCAAGCGUAACACCGGACCUGGCUGGCUCGGACACAACGAUUUGCCGGGGGGGGUCAUGCAGUGGUUACCCUAUGGUAACCCGAUUGACGACUGCUGGAUGGGCGGGAACUGGAACAGUAACAUCAAGAAUCUCGCGGAUUGCGUGGAGGGGUACGCGUCGGGGACGACUGGCGGGAAGGCGGGGCAAAUCUACCAUGUGACUAGAGCGGAUGAUAACCGCAUGAACCCGAGUCCCGGCACCCUUCGAUAUGGCAUCACCAGGGAUGAGCCGUUGUGGAUCGUUUUCGAUGACGAUUUCACGUUCACUGGUCUGAGUGCGGAAAUGAUUAUCUACAAGGAUAAGACAAUCGAUGCACGUGGCAAGAAAAUCGUGGUGGGCAACGGUCCCUGCUUCGCGGUUGAAGAGAUGUCGAAUGUGAUAAUUCACGGAAUUUCUUUCGUGAACUGCAAAAACCGACAGGGCAACAUUAAGAUUGUAACUGGACCCGAUAACACCCUGGAUGGCCGCGACUACCUUAACGGAUACGGAGUGUACAUUUACAAGUCGCACCACGUGUGGAUCGACCACUGCUCUUUCAAUAACGCGGAUGACACGCAUAUUGACAUUAUCGAGGGCAGCACCGCCGUUACUGUAUCAAAUUGCUACUUCACCAACCAGGAUAAGGUAAUUCUGAUGGGGCACAACGAUGCUAACUCCAUGGACAGGAAUAUGCGCGUCACCGUCAUGCUCAACAAGUUCGGCCCGAACCUGUACGAGCGCAUGCCACGUGGCAGGUUUGGCACGUUCCACGUGGUUAAUAACUACUAUCCGAACGGCUGGGGAAUCUAUGCCAUUGGUGGCAGCGCUGACCCGACGUUCCUCAGCGAAGGGAACUAUUUCGUUGCCACUGGAGGAAAAACCGAGGUGACCAAGCACGACAUUGCAGCAAGCAAGAGCACGUGGAGUGAGUGGGACUGGCAAUCCGUGGGCGAUUACUUUGCGGGUGGUGCAUUUUUCAGAGAAUCUGGUAGCUCUGGGUACCGGCCACCGUAUUCAUACCGGGCUAUAAAGGCCAUAGAGGUGCCUCGUGCAACAAACCGUGCCGGGCCAAUCGGGUUCUGA